AGGAUCGCUGUACUGCCGCGGUGCGACGCCGUUCUUUUGGGCGUUUUGGCAGUGUUACUUUUUCGCUCAAAAGAUGAAAAACUAGCAUCUCACCUCUCGGGAAGUGUAAAUCAAAUGCACAACUUCCUUUCUUAUCCUUCUCAUCGUCCUCCUCCCAUAAAUCACACUCAACGGUCAUGGCUCCACCAAAACAAGAAGGCAUGAUCUUCAAGGCCACCUAUAGUGGUGUGCCAGUAUAUGAAUGUAUAAUCAAUGGCGUUGCGGUCAUGCGCAGAAGGAGUGAUGGAUGGAUCAAUGCAACGCACAUUCUAAAAGUGGCAGGAUUGGAUAAACCACAAAGGACACGUGUAUUAGAAAGAGAUGUUCAAAAAGGAACUCAUGAAAAAGUUCAAGGUGGUUAUGGUAAAUAUCAAGGUACUUGGAUCCCAUUGGAAGAUGCCGUCAAAUUGGCAGAUGCAUACAACCUUUCACACCUUUUCGAUCCAAUCACUGCUUAUGUUCCAACGGCCGAAUCUCCUCCUCCUGCUCCCAAGCAUGUUGUGGCACCUUCUACUCGAGCAAAGAAACCUCUCCCAAUCAGACGUCAAGUGAGCGUUGAUACGGAAUCAGAAGCAGCCUCUGCUGCCGUUCGAGCUGAUGGCACAGAAGGAAGCAUGAGCAGCCCUCCAAGUGAAGCAAGUAGCUCAUCACGCACGCCCAGUCCAAUCUUGCCCAAUCGAACCGAUCUCCCAGAAUACUUUGACGAAAAUGGUACAAAUGGUCAAGCAUUCGGUCGUCAUCCUUCUCGAGAUGCGAAUUCGGCUGCUCAAUACGCCGAUGUCAUCCUAAACUAUUUUAUCUCAGAAACGACAACAAUCCCACCACUUUUAGUCAAUCCUCCGCAAGACUUUAAUCCGAACAUGAGCAUCGAUGAUGAUGAACAUACUGCUUUGCAUUGGGCAUGUGCGAUGGGACGUAUACGUGUGGUUAAGCUUUUGCUUACCAGCGGUGCUGAUGUUUUCCGCGUGAACAUGAACGGACAAACGGCUUUGAUGCGAGCUGCCAUGUUUUCCAACAAUUACGAUUUGCGCAAGUUUCCGGAAUUGUUUGAGUUGCUGCACCGUAGUAUUCUAAACAUUGACAAGAGUGAUCGUACGGUAUUCCAUCAUGUGGUCGAUUUGGCAUUGAGCAGAGGUAAACCACAUGCUGCUCGUUAUUACCUUGAAACGAUGUUGAACAGAUUGCAAGAGUAUGGAAGUCAAUUGGCCGACAUUUUGAACUUCCAAGAUGAUGAAGGAGAAACGCCAUUGACAAUGGCAGCCCGUGCUCGCUCUAAACGAUUGACAAGAUUGCUGUUGGAACACGGAGCUGACCCUAAAAUUCGCAACAAAGAAGGCAAGAAUGCAGAAGAGUAUAUUCUGGAAGAUGAAAGAUUCCGUGCUAGUCCACCUCGUGGCUCGGUACAAGCAGACAGCUUGAACAGCUUACACACAAGUGAAGCAGGUCAAAGAGCAGGCGGCAAGGCAGUUCAAUUGAUGACCUCUUUGCUACACAAUUUGGCCGAUAGCUAUGAUUCUGAAUUAGGCACGACAGAGCGAAAGUUGACACAAGCACACAGUCUUUUGGCGCAAAUUCAAGGUGAAAUUGCCGAUUCGACAAAGAUUUUGGAAGAUUUGAACAAAGAAGGUAGCCUGCGUGAUGAAGAAAAGAAAAAGUUGGAAGAGAUUCAAAAAGCGUUGAAAUCAGGUGCAGAGAAACGUGCAAAAGAAGAACAAGAGACUGCAUGGAACGAGGACUACAGAGUGUUGAAGAAAUUACGUUCUGAAAGUGGUCUGGCUGAUGGUGCUCUAUUGGCAAAGGAAGACAAGGAUGUCAAAACGGAUGGAGAGAUCAUGUUGGCUCGUCUAGCACGUGCGAGUGAUUCACCUGAAGCAGAAAUUGUUUCUUUGAAAGGCAAAGUGAACGAAAUGAAAGCAAAGAGAGCGGCUUUGUUGGAUAAAUUCAUCAAUUCUGCACGCGAACAAGGAACAGGAAAGACUAUGGCAGCCUAUCGUAGAUUGAUCGCGGCAGGUUGUGGUGGUAUUGCGUUGGAAGAAGUGGAUAAUGUCGUGAAUGCUCUUUGUGAAUUGUUGGAAGAACAACCUGCAAAUGCAAACGGAGCAGCUUCACUUACACCUGGAGCUUCUUUAUCCAACGGUACAGCCAAUGCCAACGCUUCCGCUUCGCCAAGUGCCCCUACUACAACUGUAGCUUGAUUGCUCUUUCUCUCUCUCGAUUAUUGUAUAUUUAGU